CUUCAUGGGGUGAGAAAAUUGGUGCUUUGUUCCCCGUAACAAGAUUUUCAGGAAGUGAGAGGCGCGGGGCUGUUGGCGGAGCUGUUGACGGAGUGACGGGCGAGCGAGGUGUCCGCCAAGAGGUGACGGGCGGGGGUCUGAGGGUCGGAUCCCCCCUCUUCCCCGCCUCCCUGCAAUCACCGCGUCCUCGCCGUGGCCAAGACACUUCAGCGCGACACAUUAGAGGCCGAGCGAUCAGCGGCGAGGCGGAGGCAGCGGCGGCGUGGCCAUAUUGAUGCACCGGUGAGCCGCGCACACUCCCGCCGCGGCCACAGUUGCCAGCACGUCCCCGCCUCCCAUGUGCCGUGUACCCGCCGCACGUGCCGCCGUGACCACAGUAAAGGGCAGCAGAGCACGGAUUGGCCACAUUGAUGCAUGCUAGGCGAUAAUACAGCAGGUGGGUUCAUCCUGGCCGCCGCUCACGUUCAGGGCAGCCCGUCACGGAGCAAGGGUGACAGGGCCGUCCUCCGGUGUGGCAAUACAAAUAACCUUUAUAAUUAAGGGAUCGAGUGGGAGGUAAAUCGUCCCGAGGCGCUGGUGGGAGGAGAUGUUGUGAACUGGAUCCCGCCACAGAAAACGGAGGCUGCUGGCACCCCGCGUCCCGGCCGGCACCCUCGUCCUCCCUCGCCGCUGUCACAUUCAGUGUAGCGACGGCCGCGGCGACCCGACCCAGCCAGCCUCCGUCGUCCUCGCCCUAGUCCUCGCUCGAGUGGGUCACGGUGCGCGGUUAGCCAUGCUUUAUGCUGCCGUAGAGUGUGGAGUGUACGGUUGAGCAGCCUUCCUCGCGGUGCUGAGCUUGUGUGUCGCGGCGGGAACACUGUGAGAGGUGUGCACGAUGGGCUGUGUGGCGGUGAUGCUGGGGCGGCGGCGGUGCGUGGGGGCCGCCAGCCUCCUCCUGCUGCUCUUCGCGUUGGCGGCAUCCACCUCGCUCUCCACCGCCAGGAGAAAUGAUCGUAUCCGCGGUCACUGCAACAAGACGGUGGACAUCUACGAGGACGUGUCAUCGCCGGAACUGACGCGCCAGAACCGCUACGGGCCGCUCACUUGCUCCUACCGCUUCAAGGUCAGCAAGCCGGCGCUCAAGGAUGACUGGGUGAUCGUCGUGCGCUUCAAGAGCUUCAAGGUGGGCCGGGUGCUCAACGCGACCCACUGCGAGAACGGAUACAUCAAGAUCAUGGACGGGAACGCACAGACGGACGUGAGCAACCGCAAGAACCUCGGGAUGUUCUGCGGCGAGAUCGAGCAGACGCGGACCUUCAUAUCGGAGACGUCCUUCGUUAAGAUCAUCUUCAACGUCAACAACUUCACCGAGGAGACGUACUUCAGCUUCGACUCACGCGUUGAGCUGCAGAAGGAGGUGUACGGGAGGUACGGCCCCAACUCCAUGCUGUACCCGUUCCGCCGCGGUGAAGUGGUGCCGGGGACCUACUGCGAACGGGUGUUCACGGACUGCAAGCUCCAGUCGUGCUUCGUGCAGUCCCCGGGCUACCCCAGCGUGUACCCGCGUAACCUGCACUGCAAGUACUACCUCAACACGCGCAUGCCCUUCAUCAAGCUCUACAUCGAGAACGAGGAGUUCAACGUGGAUGGCCAGCGUUGCGAGAACCCCAUGAUGUGCCCCAUGCGCCCCCUCAGCACCAACUGCCCCUACGACUACAUCCGCGUGUACGACGGCAAGAACGACGACGCGCCCGCCAUCGGCACCUUCUGCGGGAUGGGCCGCUUCCCGCACUCCAUCAUCGGCUCCGGCCAGGACGUGAUGGUGGAAUUCGUCUCGUCCCCCGCCGGGCCGUUCCUCAACACCGGCUUCCACUUCAACGUCGGCAACUGGCCCGGCCACGUGGAGACCAGCGGCUCGCGGAACGGCACGUGCGACUGGGUGUUCUCCAGCGACACGGUGGAGCGCGGCCAGGAGUCCACCUUCCUGUCCCUUGCCCACUGGUACCCCGCCGGCACCUCCUGCUCCUACCUGAUCCGCGGCCGCCCCGACGAGGUGGUCAGGAUGUACUUCCCAUCCUUCCGCGUCCGACCCAUCGAGGCCCCGAUCCGCCCCUACGACGGCGACUGCGGCGAGACGCUCAUCAUCUACGACUCCGACCGCGAGGACGACGCGCGCAUCAUGAAGAUGUUCUGCGACACCUUCUCCCGCCCGCUGGAGAAGCACGACUUUAUCUCCACCGGCAGCGCCAUGUACGUCAAGUUCGAGAGCCGCACUGGCAGCUACGACGGGUCGUCCCUCUACUACUGGGCCCAGUACGACUUCUUCAACAACACCCACUACGGGAAGCCCAUCGAGGACACGCUCUGCGACGAGCUCUUCGAGUCCUUCGUGCGCCCCGAGGGCAAGUUCGGCUCGCCGCUCAACACGCUGCUCUAUAAAACCGAGGAGGACGUGAUGUGCCGCUACCACUUCAAGGCGCCGCGCUACCAGUACCGCCGCAUCCUGCUCACCAUCAACUCGACCAACUUCAAGCACAACGACGACGCCUGCGUGGACUGCCUCAACGACAAGGUCGACAAGCUGAAGAUCAUCGACCCGUUCCGCAACGGCACCAACGUCUGCAUCUGCGAGCUGUGGGUGCCGGGGAACCGCGUGUCGCCCACCAUUGUGUCCAACGGCCCGUCCCUUUCCCUGGAGAUGCACAUUGACCACCGCCACGCCAUGCAGAACUACUUCAAGUCCACGACGCCGAUCUUCGAGGGCACGUACAAGUUCAUCCACAGCCCCAUCUGCGGCCCGACGGUCAUCCCAGCCGCCACGGAGGGCAACAUCAUCUACCCCAAGUACGAGCCCUACGUGUACGGCGGCUACGGCGAGGACGUGCACUGCAUCUGGGAGCUGCGUGUCAAGCAGGAGCGGGACGUGUGGCUCUACGUGGACCAGCUCGACUUUUCCCUCAACGACUGCUCGCUGGAGGUGAUCGAGGUGUUUCUGCCCGGCCGCGACCGACCGGAGUUCACAAUCUGCGAGAAAGGCGACACCGUGGACGAGAGCAAAACCACCAUCCUGAAGGCGCGGGACCUGGUGGAGGGCGCCGUCAUCAUCCACUUCAAGUCCUCUGCUCCGGGACACUCAAACUUCAAGCUGACCUGGACGGAGCUGUUCGAGUUGCCGCGGAACAGCGACGGCACGGUCAUGACCUCCAAGCUGAUGGCACCGGGGGACUGCGAGUUCGUGUGCCCUGGCCAGCCCGCCUGCAUCCAGAACGACCUGGUCUGCAACGGCGUGCGUAACUGCCCCGGCAACAGCUCCGGCGCGGCCCAGCACGACGAGGCCCCCGAGAUCUGCUUCUCCCGCACGGGGUCAAAGUUCAACUACGUGGCCCUCGGACUGGGCGCCGCCGGGGGCACCGUGGUGGCCGUGGCAGUCAUCAUUCUCGUGUGCCGCAACUGCCGCAAGCGACCCGACGACAACACCUUCUAAGGAGACUAUGCAACGGUCUGGUGGAGUGUUGUGCGCCGGCGGACUGUGCCGCGCCGGAACCCAGGCGGGCGGGGGGCGGGGCAACACUGCGCGUGCACUCCAGGAAACACAAGCACAGGCUACAGCAGGGCGCGAGGCUCGUCCGGGUGUUGCCCUGGCGACGGCGGUGAUGGCGGCAGCGGUGUGUGGUGAGUGGCGGCGGCGCGGGUCAGGCAUUUCUUCCAUUCCUUAUCACGUGACGGGACAAUAAUGGUCGUGAGCCUUGCGGACCUCCGUCAUGGUGGACCAGUGAACACGAGUGUACAACAACAACAACAAUAAUAACAACAACAAUAACAACAGCUCCCGCGGUCUUGGUGUCAAGGCCGCUGCCGGUGUACAUGUGCAUAAAAGGUGUAGCUGCCGUUAGUGACCGUAGACGUAAGUUGUAAAUACCUAUAUAAUGGUUUAGUAUGUAUGACGUAGGUCGACUUUGACAUCAGUGUAACUCUUCUCGUACUCACUCAUACUAGGAAAAAACAAUACUCAGAAUCAAAGUUGCAUUAAGUACAAAUACGCGUCGCGCGCUAACAACAGCGACGACCGAGCUGGGAACAAACAACACAAACAACUGCAUAGGUCUCGGGAAAGGAAGGAGAUGAUAUGGCGGGCGAGGAACGAGGUCUAUCUAAGCGUCAGUCGGUCACAUAGAAGAAGAGGACGCACCAGGUGUUUGUUUUUGUAUCUAACGUAACUCCUGAAUCACUAGAACGCCCAACACAGCACUGAACCGAGGGAAGGAGGUGCUGGGAACAACUACGCAGGCAUCGAGAGAAGAGAAGAGGACGUACCAGGUGUUUAGUGUGUGUCUAUCGUAGCUCCUGAGGCACGGGAACACGGCCGACACAGAUCUAAGCAACGCCCGUCCUGGGAACAACUAACUACACAGGCGUCGGACAAGGAACGAGAUGUUAUUUGGUCCUCAGUCAGUCACCUAUAGGAAGAAAACAUACCAAGUGUUUGAUCUGUGAUUAGUAUGGCUCCUGCAGCGCGGGAACACGACCGACACAGCUCAGAAAUGGAUAAGAGACGUGCGUGUGUAUCAGGUAUGUAUGUAGACAAGAAAUCCAUCUUAGAGAGGAGCUAAAGAGGUUCAAAUGGACCUGAUAUAGAGGUGUUCAGAUGUUUAUGUGUACCUUACGAUGCUCAGUAAUAGACGAAACAAGCCAAACUUAUAAAAGAAAGAAAGAAGCAAUGGAUAAAAAAAAAAACGUGCGUGCGAAUAUAAGUAGGUAGACCAAGGAAUCCAAUCUUAUAGAGAAGCCAAAGAGGUUUAAAUGGACAGGAUAAAGAGGAUUUCAGGUGUUUAUAUAUAGACGAAAUAAUCCAAAUAAAAGGAAAGAAAGAAAGAACCAAUGGAUAAGAGAUCUGAGUUUGAAUAUCAGUAUGUAGACAAAGGAGUCCAAUCUUAUAGAAAAGCAAAAGAGGUUCAAAUGGACGGGAUAAAGAGGAUUUCAGGUGUUUAUAUAUAUAGACGAAAUAAUCCAAAUAAAGAGAAAGAAAGAAAACAUGUGGAUAAGAGACGUGUGUGUGUGUAUGUAAGUAUAUAAGCUAUCGUUUGUAAAUAUAUAAAAGACUAAAACAAAUACAUACAUAAAUACAUAUAAAUAAAUAAAUAAACAGUAUUUACUACAUAAUAGGUCCUGUGAUUGACUGGUUGGUUGUUGUUGUACUUUGCUAUAUAUUGAAGAUGUGAUGGAAUUUGUCUGUAGUGUCGGGAAUGAAAAAUAAAUAAAAUAAAUAAACAAAAACAAAAGAAAGUCGCGUUCGAGUCUGCGCGAAUUUGGGUGACCACGACAAUAAUAAUAAUGAUGAUUCGUUUUCUUUAGCUUGUAAAAAAAAAUAAUAAUAACAUGUUGUACGUAUAUAAGUGUGUGCUCCAAUGACCUUGAGCUUACACCCUUAAGUGGACGUAGAAGUAUACAGACUUUUGAUAUAUAAUUCUCUCUCUAUCUCUAUCUGUCUAUCUAUCUAUCUCGUACUAGCUCAAUGUCAACAAUCCUUUCCCUUCCUCUUCCUCUCUCACAUACUUCCUCUUCCUCCUCCUCCUCCUCCUCCUCCUCCUCCUCCUCCUCAUC